AUGAGCCGUUUCGCUUGCCCGCUCAACGCGCAGCACAAAGCUCUGUCCAACUACGCCAAGUUGCCAGGUGAUGUGGCGCCAUGCCUCUCCAACAAGUUCUGCUGCCAUAGCACUAUCAGUAGUAAACGAUCGAAACGGCCUGGAUCGACCCACCAGCCCUUGAUAACCCUACCCUUGAAGCACACAAGCUCGAGUCUUGGCCUGUCGCGCCGUCGCUGGUACCUCGCAGUUGUAUGUUUAGUGACCUCGGUCACAAAUGAGAUGUACAGCUGGAUUGUCUGCGUAGCACACCCUUCAGAGGAAAAUAUUGGGCGGUUUCUCCAGCGCCUCCCCGACCUUGGCGAAGACUGGGGACGAUUGCCUGUGUGGGGGUGCUGUGAUAUCAAUUUGCAGGAGCUCGUUUAUGCAUAUGUGGAGGAGCGCUCGCGCAGCUGGCCAGAGUUACAGAUGGGCAAUCCUAUUAGUCUUGGACUAGGCGACUUAUAG